UGUUUCAGCUUGUCUAUGUUCCUUGUUUCAUGCCAGCUUGUGAGCCUUCUGUUACUGGACUGCUGAACUCAAAGUAAAGAUCUUAAAUCAGUAAUUCUGCCUCAGUUUCUGCAUUUGGGUCCAUCUGCUCUGCUACCUGUGACAGUACAAUCUGACCAAGAUAUGGUCCCAGCAGAGUAAUGCCUUUUUCAGAAAAGGUUUCUGAGUUUGAUCGGACUGUGGCAAAACUCAUUGCCUCUCACUCACAUCAGUGUACAUCGCUCCUGGAGAAGAUCUUUGUACAGCAGCAGUAUUUCAAGGAGAGGCCAUGGCUCAUAAAAUGACGCACACAACAGCAGGAUGGCGCGUAUAAAGCCUCUCACCAAACGCACCAGCGACAUCAGACUCUCCUAUCGAAACCUCUGUCCUCUCACUGUAUGCUGUGAUGUCUCUGGAGGAUUCCUUCGUGUUAGAGCCAGAGGACAGCAGGCUCUCGGUUCUGAAUGUGUCCAGAGUGUUUUGGGACUCCACAGGAGAACAGCACCAGUACAACAUCUGGCUCCCUGGCAUCGGGAUUGCUGCUGUCUACGGAAUCAUCAUCAUCGUAGGUCUGGUGGGAAAUGUGACUUUAAUGAAGACAUGUCUGUUGGUGAAGUCCAUGCGCACGGUGCCCAACUUGUUCCUGUCCAGCCUGGCUCUGGGGGACCUGCUGCUGCUGGUGACCUGCGCCCCGGUGGACGCCAGCAGAUACCUGGUGGACGAGUGGCUCUUUGGCCGGGUUGGAUGCAAACUCAUCCCGUUCAUCCAGCUCACCUCGGUGGGAGUGUCCGUUUUCACCCUCACUGCUCUCUCGGCUGACCGGUACAGAGCGAUUGUCAAACCCCUGGAUAUCCACAGGUCCAGCGCUACACUCAGUAUCUGUUUACGAGCCGGGGCAAUCUGGCUCCUCUCAGUGACUCUGGCGAUUCCUGAAGCCGUCUUCUCUGACCUGCACACCUUCACCACCAGCCACACCAAUGAGUCAUUUGUGACCUGUGCACCCUACCCCCAUGCCGGGGAGUUGCACCCAAAGAUUCACUCCACCGCCUCCUUCCUGAUCUUCUACAUCAUCCCGCUCUUCAUCAUAUCCAUCUACUACUGCUUCAUUGCUCACAGCCUGGUCAGGAGCUCUGUGAACAUUCCCGCUGAAGGACACCUGCACAUGCAGAAACAGAUAAAGUCCAGGAAGCGUCUGGCAAAGACUGUUCUGGUGUUUGUUGGCUUGUUUGCUGUCUGCUGGUUGCCCAGUCAUGUGAUCUACUUGUACCGCUCCUAUCACUACGACCAGGUGGACACAUCACUGGGCCACUUCAUCGCCAGCGUGUGUGCUCGCAUCUUGGCCUUCACCAACUCCUGUGUGAACCCGUUUGCCCUCUACCUGAUGAGCAAAAGCUUCAGCAAACACUUUAACAAGCAGCUCCUGUGCUCCCAUACUCAGAGACACUUGCACAGCCAGAAUAGCAGGAGCACAAACAUAACCACUGUCUAAAAACAUCUGUCAACCUGUGGGGGGUUUCAUUAACUUGAUCUGGAGUCAUGUCGAUCAUGUGAUAAUUAUCUCCUCACACUGAGUUUUACAGACAUCAUGUUCAGUUCUGAUGUAGAAGUGUUAGCGUCAGUAUGAUGAAUGGAGACAACCACUUGUCAAGCCAUCUCAGUCAUGAGUUCAUCACUUCUCACUUACCUUUUAUUACAAAACACCCUGAAAUAAUGUUACAUAUAUAAACAUAUAUCUUAAUAUCUUACCUGCUGACUAUCCAACUAUCAAAAGAACUGUUUCUGAAGAGAUACAAUCAGUGCAGAUGUAAAGCUGCUUGUCAGUAACUCUGGUACAGAACAUUUUUUGUACAUAUGUCAAACAAAUGUAAAAAAGCAAAUCCUUAUAGUUGGUAGUUUUUUCUCUUUGUGUUAUGAAUCUGUUUGAUGUAAAAUUCAAAGAUCUUUAGGUGUAAAAUGAAAUUCACUUAUGGUUUUAGUUCUGUUGUGCAUGUUUUUAUCUGCUGGAGAGGAACAGCAGGUUCCUCUGACAUUUGAGGGUUUAAUGGUUGUAAAAUAUUCAAAGUGAACAUAUUUAAUUCCUGCUAUUUUGUGUACUGGAAACGUUUUUUAUGCAAGAUGGGUCAAAUGUUACCAGAAGAAUUGUUAAAUGUCACAUGUUGUAUUCACAGAGAUGUUCCUGUUAAAUAUCUUGAGUUAGUUAGUGGUGUGUUUGUUAGACUUGUACAAAAUUCAGCAGCUUUUUGUUCAUGUAAUGUAAUAAUCAUAUGUAUAAUAAUAUAUAGGGCUGCAAGUACUGAUUAUGUUUAUUAUUAGUUCAUCCGUUAUUAUUUUUUAAAUUUGCUAAAUGUGACACGUUAAAAUAACUUGUUUAGUCUGACCAACAGUCCAAAACCCAACGAUAAUCAAUUCACAAUGAUUUAAAACUGAGAAAAGCAGCUAAUGCUAACAUCUUAAGAAGCUGGAAAGUGAAUAUUUAGCAUCUUUAGGCAUGUUUCUAAGGAUGACGAUGAUGCUGAGUCUGUCGGUCAGUUCACCACUUUGAUCCAGACUGAAAUAUCUCAACAACUAUUCAAUGGAUUGACAUUAAAUUUGGUGCAGACAUUCAUCUCCCCCUCAAAAUGAAUGGUAAUAACUUUAAUCCUCUGACUUUUUAAUUUUGUUGACCAAAUAUCAGCAAAAUGAAUGAAAUGACUUUCCCAUCAGCCUCAGCUGUACCUUGUGUUAAUUAGCAAAUGAUAGCAUGCUAAUGUGUUAUACUGAGAUGGUAAACAAAUAGGCAUUUAGGUCAAAGUGCUGCUGUGAGUUGUCAUAAGUACAACUCACAGAGCUGAUUGUAGACUCACGUUCUUGGAUAAAUUAUUUAAUGAUGAUUAAUUUUCUGUCCGUCGACUAAUCGAUUAAAUCGACUAAUCAUUUCUGUCCUAAUAAUAUGUUGCUGAUAUGCAGUUUCACAAAGUAUUCACAAGGUACAACAAUACUGUUAAUUGUGUUUAUAUUACAGAACUGUGCUGUAAAUUUGUUGUUGAUUUGUGCCAUCUUGAUGUUUGUAUACUAUUAAAUAUGAUUUGAGAUGUCAUUUUUAAGAGGUUCU